GGAGCGCGCUCUGUCAGCUCGUGAACAGAACAGGAAACACACCUGUCGCGAGGAUCCGCAGGUGAGCCCGGAGGUUGGAUACAGACACGUUUUGACUGCGCGAAGUGAUUUUUUUUUCUUCCUUGAGAGUCAGCGGCAGCAGCAGCGCUACGGGUCAAUUGCUGGGAUCUUGCCUGGAAGAUGGAGUUUGACAGUAUAAAGUCCUCAGCCGCCCUCAUUUAUGAUGAGUUCAUCCAAAACGCAGACUCGCGGACGGAGCAAUGGCCCCUCAUGUCGUCCCCUCUCCCCCAGACGCUCAUCAUCGCAGCCUACAUUUACUUCGUCACGUCGCUGGGGCCUCGGAUAAUGGAGAACCGUAAGGCCUUCGACCUCAAAGGAGUCCUCAUAGUCUACAACUUCAGCGUGGUGGCGCUCUCACUCUACAUGAUCUAUGAAUUUAUAAUGUCAGGAUGGGGAACAGGAUACUCGUUUCACUGCGACCUGGUCAACUACUCCGAUUCGCCACAGGCUAUAAGGAUGGCAGCAACAUGCUGGCUGUACUACUUCUCAAAGUUCAUUGAGAUGUUGGACACGGUCUUCUUUGUGCUGAGGAAGAAGAAUAGCCAGGUGACAUUUCUUCAUGUCUAUCACCACUCAAUCAUGCCCUUCACAUGGUGGUUUGGAGUUCGGUUCGCAGCAGGUGGUAUGGGGACGUUCCACGCCCUGCUUAACUGUGUCGUCCAUGUUAUCAUGUACUCUUACUAUGGCCUGACUGCCAUGGGCCCCAACUACCAGAAGUACCUGUGGUGGAAGAAAUACCUCACUACCAUUCAGCUGAUCCAGUUUGUUAUGGUGACCACCCACAUCUCCCAGUAUUUCUUCAUGUCGGACUGCCCCUACCAGUUCCCGAUCUUCGUCUACAUCAUCGGGCUGUACGGCAUGAUUUUCCUGUUCCUCUUCCUCAACUUCUGGUACCACGCCUACACCAAGGGCAAGAGGCUGCCUAAAGUGCUGCAGGCUCAGACAUGGGCACACCACACCAACGGUGUCAUGAAUGGAAACGCCAGUCAUGAAAAAGACGAGUGACGCAAGCGUGGGCUCAUCAGGAGGUUUCAGGGUUGACCUCAUGUACGUAGACAAACCACUGCAGAUUAGGGUUCAACCCCUGUUUGUUUGGACUAUGAUUUUUUUUUUUUUUUUUUUAUUUGCUUUUCUACUUGCAACAGCGACAGACAAUCUUUAAAUUAUGACCAAAGUUAUAUUUAAGAGGUAUAUUGACCCAAAUGUAGGUUUUUUUUGUUUUUGUUUUGUUUUUUUCCUUUUUUUUUUUUUUUUAUUGUUUUGUUUACACUGAAGGUAAAGUUCCUCUGUGGAUGUUUCCAAAUGUCCCUCUUUCUGCUACAGUAAGGUUGAAGGAAAAAUAUUACUUGUCAGAAAUCAGCUUCACUAUUCACACUGAAUAAGGGCUUUAAACCUGUCGGACCCUCACUGUACAGUCAAGCUGGGUCUCUUUAAAAAGGUUCUAAUGCUAAGAUCAUGUUUUUAUGCUUGAUUUGAUCUUGUCUGAAGGCUUUUAGGAAAUCCAGUUUUUUGUUUUGUGUUUAAAGCUGCGCACUGAAAAAAAAAAGUUAACGGUUGUUUAUUUCACUUGACCUAAAAUGAUGUUGACUGUUCUGAGUCAAUGUGGUGUUCAAAAUACACAUGAUAAAUGGUUAAUGCAUGCAGAACAGGGUGUUUUUUAGCUGUGAUCACAAAUACAUGCCCACCUUUCUAUGGUUUGAGUCACAACCACUGCUGAUGGUACGUAUGUUCAGUGUUCUCACAGUGGGUUCUCCUGACUUAACAAUCAUCAUCCUAUGAAGCAUUGGUGUGACAGAGAUAACCAGAGAGGAGGGCUGACGGCCCGACGAGGUUCUCGUAGGAUCCAGAACAGAACUACAGUUUUGCUACUUCCUUACUGAGGUCCAAUGCAACAGUUUCACAGGACCAUAUACGCACAACUGCAUUGAAUCAUUUAGCCAGCCGAAAAAACGUUAGCAGCCUCCCUUUGCUGGCUUUCAAGUAUUUCGCUUCAUGUGUCGACGCUCUGUAACAGGGCCUUCAGAUGGCUGGAGUCAGGCAGUGUCUUCAGACUGAGGUCUGUGGAGUAGUUUUUAUAUAUAGUUAUGAUGAUCUUAAGUGAAAAGUGAAUGUAACACUCUGUUCCUUUUUGGUGAUUGAGGACACAGGAUUGAGCUUCGCAUAGGGGUGGAAAGAGUUCCACUUCUCUUUUUUAUUUUUUAUUCAGGGUAAGCCCAAAAACACUAAAGAUUUACAGAUGUUCAUUUCCUUGUCAGAUUCCUUUAUCGUUCAAGAAAGUAAUACUGUAAGCAAUGAUGUGACAUGAAAUGUUUAUUGUAUUUUAUAUGUAUUUAUAUGAAAAUAAAUGAUCAAUGUACUCUGA